AUGCUCUCUCGCGAGUUAAUCGCCUUCUGGAACCCUCCGCGACCCCCACCCGUUGCGAGUUGGGGAGCUGUGCUCCUAGCGGCGUUCCUCUUGCUGCUAGACUCGCCGGCAGAUGGCAGGAGACACCCUGUCGGGUGUGACAAGAUGCUGGGCUCGGACGCUGUGGAGGACAAGUGUCGGGUGUGUCGGGGUGACGGUACCAGCUGCAGCACAGUCAAGGGCAUCUUCAACUUAGAUAACUUACAAUUUGGUUACAACGACAUCCUGCUGAUUCCAUCGGGAGCAACGAACAUCAGAAUUGAAGAGAAAUUCCCCACAAACAACUAUCUUGCCGUUCGCAACCAGACUGGCUACUACUACCUCAACGGCAACUGGCGCAUCGAGUUCCCCCGGAGCAUCCGCUUUGCUGGCACUGUGUUCCAUUACAAGCGGCGCAAACACGGUGCCAAUGCUGCCAAGAGCUUGGUCGCCCUUGGGCCAACGCUUGAGACCAUCUUCAUUGUGCUUCUGUACCAGGAGAAAAACCUGGGCAUCACGUAUGAGUACUCAGUGCCUCACGGUGACAGUCAGCGGCAGCCGGACAUGUACAACUGGAAUUCGGGCGACUUCGGAGAAUGUUCAGAGACCUGCGGGGGAGGUGCUCAGACACGCCUCGUCUACUGUACGAGCGCAAUCACAUUUGAGAAGAUUUCUGACGACCUCUGCAACCCGACAGUCAAGCCCCAAGCCACCAGGGUCUGCAACCCAGAACCGUGCCCUGCAACGUGGUAUGUUGGGGAGUGGGAAGACUGUUCCAAGUCUUGCGGCAAUGGCACGCAGGAGCGACUGGUGGUCUGCCAGCGGCACACCGAGGUUGGCAGUUUGCUGACUGUUGACUCGGAUUGCAAAUCCUCCGGGCCCAGGCCAGAACGGCUGCAGGAUUGCAGCUCCUAUGCAGAGUGUGCCUCCUGGAAAGCGGGCAACUGGACGGAGUGUGACCGUCUGUGUGGAGAAGGCACUCAGAUCAGAGAAGUUGUGUGCAUCAAUUCUCUCGGUGCUGAGACUGUGGAGGUCCUGGAUGACUCUGGUUGUGACGAAUCGACAAAACCGCCCUCCAACCAAACCUGUGAGCUGCGACCCUGUGAUGGCACAGAAUGGGUCACUUCAGCGUGGUCUGGCGUGAGUCGCCACUUGCUCCGCCUCUCCACCACCAUGCCCCAAGAAGAUCCACCAGGAGCCUCCAGCGUCACCGUCUCUGCCCCACCAGCCGUUCCUUCAUGGACCAUCAGCACGCGGCAGCGCAAUCCCACCAUGUUUGCUGGCCUUCGUACUGACGACGUUGACGACUGCCUGGACAAUAAUGACCGUUGUGAAGUUCCGCGCUCGUCGCGCAUCGCGACCCGGCAGGUGCUCUGCACCAACGAGGAGGGAAUACUGUUCCCUGACGUGUACUGCGAUGACGAGAAGCGGCCGAACACGACCAAACCAUGUGACGAGGACGACAGCGCCCUGGACGAGCAGUACCAGUACAUGUGGUACUACACCCAGUGGAGCCCCUGUUCCACGGAGUGCGGGUAUGGCAUGCAGACCCGCAAGGUGUUCUGUGGCAUCUUUAUCGACGGGAGCAUCAUCGAUGUGACGGAUGACAAUUGCAACCCAGCAGAACAACUUAACUCAACUCGGGAGUGUACUGUGGAGGCUGUCUGUAAUGACACUUGGGUCGCUGCUCCCUGGAAUCAGUGUUCAACGCCCUGCGGUGGUGGUCAGCGCACAAGAACUAUCAUUUGCCAUGUCAAUGGUAAACCAGCUGCACCUAAGAAUUGCGAUGUCAGCAAGAAGCCCUUUGACACUGAGUCAUGCAACAUGAAAGCUUGCGACGAAGAUGAAGUGAACCUCCAGGGAGGCUGCAAGGAUUCUAAGCAUGGCUGCUGCCCUGACGGCAUGACGCCUGCUGGUCCCAGCUUCACGGGAUGCCCCGAGGUUACUCCUGUCGAAGGUGGCUGCAAGGCUACAGAGUUUGGUUGCUGCUUGGACGGUGUGACCGCGGCAUUUGGGCCAUUUAGGAAGGGAUGUCAACAGCUGUCACUCUGCAACGGUACGGAGUUUGGCUGCUGCCACGAUGGCAAGACACCAGCUGAGGGCCCCAACAACGAGGGCUGUCUCAUGGUCUCAACUGACGCAGCCCUUUUUGUCAACUGCAGCACAGCUGAGUGGGGCUGCUGUCCAAAUGGCAUCACGGCCGCCAAAGAUGUGAACAAAACCAAUUGCAUCGAAGUCAUGACAACCAAGUUCAUCCCGUGCGCCGACUCUCAGUUUGGCUGCUGUCCCAACAACAUGACUGCAGCGGAUGGUCCCGGCAGACUCACUUGCGUCAAGGGCUCGCGCACGGAAGAACCCUGUCAUGGAACGACGCACCGAUGCUGUCCGGAUGAUGGCAUGACUGCGGCCGCAGGUCCGGACGGGCUUGGUUGUGAGGACGAAGUCGAAGGGAGUGGGACUGAAGCAACCGACUGUGAGAACACGUUGUUUGGCUGCUGCCCAGAUGGCAGGACACCUGCAAGUGGUGCAGGAUUCGAAGGGUGCAGCGACUGCAGCAACACCACCUUUGGUUGCGGCCCCGAUGGCGUGAGCACUGCGACGGGUGAGGCCUUUGAAGGCUGUGCGGAAGGCUGUGAGGCCACCAAGUAUGGCUGUUGCCAAGACAAAAUCUCACCAGCUGAGGGACAUGACUUUGAAGGGUGCGAGAACUGCACGGAGUCUCUGUACGGGUGCUGCGAGGACAAUGUGACCUUUGCUCUGGGGCCUGACGGCGAAGGUUGCUGCGUGGUGACUGAGUUUGGCUGCUGCCAUGACAAUGUCACCGCGGCGACAGCUGACGGGUGCAUCUGCAACAUGACAGCACAUGGAUGUUGUCCUGACAACGUUGCUGUUGCAUUGGUUCCCAACUUCGAGGGAUGCACUUGUGAGCACCGUGUUUUUGGUUGCUGUCCUGACAAGAAGUCGCCUGCUGAAGGUCCUGACUUUGAGGGGUGUGUCAUCUGCACCAACACGACCUUUGGAUGCUGUCCUGAUGACGUCACUGCAGCACUGGGACCCAACUUUGAAGGCUGUGAAGGGUACGAGACCAACUGCACAAACACCACAUUCGGCUGCUGUCCCGAUGGACUGGCUCCAGCUUGGGGCAUUGGCUUCGAGGGGUGUGACAACUGCAGCGAGUCACUCUACGGAUGCUGCGCAGACAACACUUCAUUUGCCCUCGGCCCAGACGGCGAGGGCUGUUGCUUGCACACCGAAUUUGGCUGCUGUCUCGACAACAAGACGGAAGCCCAGGGACCCGACCGGGCAGGCUGCAGCUGCCAUACGAAGCCACACGGCUGCUGCCCUGAUGGGAUCGCCACUGCUAGCGGCCCCAGGUACUAUGGAUGCACAUGUCACAACUAUCCAUUUGGCUGUUGCCAAGACAAGCACACACCAGCUGGCGGUCCCAACUUUGAAGGGUGCAUCUGCUCUCGUCUGCUGUACCGUUGUUGCCCCGACGAUGUCACUCCCGCUGAGGGUCCUGACAUGGCAGGCUGUCCGUGCCAGAUCACAGAGUUUGGUUGCUGCCUUGACGAACGCACUCCUGCCCGCGGACCCAACCUGGCCGGCUGUGGCUGCGACACCAUGCCUUACGGCUGCUGCUCUGACCAAGUUUCUUGCUUGCAGGGCAGCUUCGGCCCUCUUCCUGUGGUCGGUACUCAGCGAACACCGGCCCGCGGACCUGGCUUUGGUGGCUGUCCAUGCACAGCGAUGCCAUAUGGCUGCUGCCCCGACCAACACACUGCUGCCACAGGACCAGAUGGCAGAGGCUGCGAGUGCGAGAAGCUGCUCUAUGGCUGCUGCCCCAAUGGUCGCACACCGGCCACAGGCCCCAGCCUGGCUGGCUGUACAUGCCACCACUACCCUUACGGGUGCUGCCCUGACGGACAAACUCCUUUUCGAGGUCCUGAAUACGAUGGCUGCACCUGUGCCAUGACUGCCUACGGCUGCUGCCCCGACGGGGUCGCUGCUGCCAGGGGGCGCAAUUUUGAAGGCUGCCAAGAUAGAACGCCCGUGUCUACCCGCAACGUCAGCGCGAGUGUGUGUGGCCUACGCGAAGAGAGCGGCCCCUGUCACAACUAUACGGUCUACUGGUUCUUCAACGUCACCGAUGGUCGAUGCAACCGCUUCUGGUACGGUGGUUGUGAGGGCAAUGGAAACCGUUUCAACUCGGAGGAAGAGUGCAAGAACACCUGCGUCAAACCUGAAGGACCUGUCAUUGAGGGAAGAUCUCUGAAUCUUAUCGCGGAUGCCUGCCUGCUUCCAAUGGUGAUCGGUACAUGCGACGGCCAGUACCAGCAUUGGCACUUCGACGCGACCACUCGCUCCUGCGAGUCGUUCAUGUACGGAGGUUGCCUCGGAAACAACAACCGCUUUGCCAGCGAAGACCUGUGCGAGCAGACCUGCCUGCACCAGGAGCAGCUUGGAAAGUCUUUGCCCAAGCUGCAAGAGCCGUGUGAGCAGUCGGCAGCACCUGGACCAUGCAGGGGCUCGUACAAGCGGUUCUACUACGACCGGCAGGACAACCAGUGCAAGCGGUUCACGUAUGGUGGUUGCCAGGGGAACGCAAACAACUUUGCCACAGAAGAGGAGUGCUCAGAACGAUGCGUCAGGCUUAGCGGACAGGGUAGCAACAUCUGCUUGCUGCCACAAGAGGCCGGAAACUGCACUGAGUUCCGGGAGCGGUGGUUCUACAAUGCCCAGGAAGGUCGCUGCCACCGCUUCUACUACGGAGGCUGCGACGGAAAUGAGAACAACUUUGCGUCACACCUGGAGUGUGAACAGGCGUGCGGGCAGCCUGCUCCAACUAAGGAACCUAAGGAAGCGUUCCGACAGGGUAAGGGUGUUAUGUGUGGGAGCACUCAGACUAUGAAAAUAAGAGGUCGAAAUGUAGAAAAGACAGUAGUCCUCCACUGGGUGCGUGUGAUCUUGGGAGGUCAUAUCCUGCCACCUGAGUUCUGCUUCAUGCCGACUGAGGCAGGCCCCUGCACCAAGAUGGAGGUGCGCUGGUUCUAUGACAAGCUGCAUGGCGUGUGCCGCGAGUUCCACUAUGGUGGCUGCCUUGGCAAUGGGAACCGCUUCAGGUCCGGUAGAGACUGCGAGGACCGCUGCUUCAGUUCUCAAGACCUGUGCUUGUUGCCGAGAGUGCAAGGCCCGUGCAGUGGCACGUUCACCCAGUGGUUCUACGAUCCCGAGACGGACCGGUGCCAUGAGUUCACGUACGGUGGUUGCCAGGGCAAUGCCAACCGCUUCAACGACCGUGAAGCCUGCGAGAAUCAGUGCCGCAAGGGGGUGCCAGUGCCUACAGAGCCACCCAUUGAGCGCCCCACGCCCCUUGAGGUCGUGACAGUCGACGUGGUGAUAGCUACCAGCGAGAACCGUGUGGGGGCACCUCUGCAGCUUGACUGCUACGUGACCGGCGCUCCCGAGCCACGUGUUUCGUGGCUGCACGACGGCAAGCAAGUCGAAACAGACAGUCAUCAUGUUCUCGUGGAGAACCACACGCUGUUGAUUCCAUCGGCGGCGAUGUCAGAUGGGGGUGAAUACUCCUGUCAGGCGGACAAUGGCCACAGCAAUGCAUCGGUCUCGGUUCACAUCAUCAUGGACGAUAUCUAUGUUCCGGAGUCGUGCACUGACAACCUCCGCCUUGCCAACUGCACCCUCAUUGUGCGUGCUCGUUACUGCACGCACAAGCACUACUCAAGGUUCUGUUGCCGUUCAUGCAUGCUUGCUGGCCAAAUUCAUGCUGAUGGCAAUGAGUAAACCAACGGCAAUUGUAAUCGAUACGGCAAUGGUAGUGCAAACGGCUUCAGCAAGGGUAAUGGCUUCGGCAAUGGCUACAUCAGCGGAUACAGCAACUGAAAUGGUGAUACCAAUGGGCAGAGGAAUUUCACUGGAAACGGGAAUGGAAAUGUCUAGGCUAAUGAAUUUGCCUAAGCAAAUGUUGUCGAUUCUGCAACUCAGGGUUGUUAUAUUGCUCUCCCAGUCUUUUCCUAUUCGAUUUUCAGUGGUCUAAACUCUCUUCAGAGUUUCCAAUGACUCUUUCCUUCUUUACACAUAUUCUGGUGAUUGUGGCACUUAGUGCAUGUGUCUUAUCAUAGAAGUGGGUGCUUAUACUAAUGCAUCAUCUUGUUUUUAACAAGAUUUUUCCUUCUGGACUCAAUUGAGAGCGUAGUGUUAACACAUUUGCCAGGACUGAAUGCAAACAUCUUUGGUUGAGACUUGUCAAAGUGCCAUGUGAAAGAAAUGCAAAAUUCUCAGCCUUAGGAACAGCACCAGGUUGAUAAUCAAGACCGAUUGCGGAAGAUGCAACAUCCUCAGCCUCAGGAACAAGAUCACAUCGAUCUAAUCAGCGCUUAUUUCUUAAAAUCACUUACAAGCUUUACACUGAUGUGUUAGCAAUUUAUUUCAUCAUGUUGUGUAAUUAAUUAUUCCCUAAGUGGGGCACAGUUCCACAGGCUGUUGUGUUCAUUUGUACUACUUUGAGAAAUGCAUUGGCCUGGCGAUAAGCUGAUGUCAGCUUAGUGCGAUGGCAUUUGCAUAGUGCAAGCAUUUUCCCAAUUACCUGGUUGCUCACCUUGUUUUCACCAUUUUCCUACAUGUAUUCCUUUAACACUGCUUUACCUUGCAGAAGUCAUAUGGCGUUGUGUGCAAUAUGUCAAUCCUCAGAAACAAAAAACAAAAGCCAUUGUCAUGCAAUAAUUAGUUAAGUCAAAGAAUGGCACAUCAUUACUUGCGGCAUGUGCACUUUCAAGAAAAGAGUUACUGCUGAAGCACCAAUGAAGAACUGAGGGCCUGCAAGAAAUAAAUGCUACCUAUUUUGUGCUCCUUUGUUUAUCAUAUACAUACAUGAAUUGUGAUUAAUACGCAAAUUCCUUUAGCGACAAGAGCUGUUACUUAAUUCGAGCUUGUGGCCUACUUGUCAUUAUAAACGUGCCUAUACAGCCAUUUGUGCCAUUUCUAAAGGGUGCUCGUUACUUGUGACAGAGUUCCUACACAUAUUGUGCUUUGAUAUUGCCAAACAAAUUUCAUUAUGUAAUAAGCAGCAAUAGGGCUUUAUGAAGGCUGUUUACAAAAGUCUACUGAUAAGACUUGCGUUUUAAGCAUAGAAAUCAUGUCUUGGCUCGUGCAGCAAGAACUUCAGCACAGAUACCGAUGGUCACCUUAUUUAUAGUCAGUGUUGUAUUACGCCUACAAAUUAUGCUCCCCACAUGGUGUGUUCCACUUGCUGUGCUCGUUUCGCAAAACACUGGUUUUUAAGCCCAGUGGCCACGGACAACAGGCAUGUGCCGGUAAUCUUACUCACAUACUGCCAAACCGUCAUUGCAUGUCUCGUUUUUUUUGGCGUGGUUUUGUCGGAGUGAGUUCCGCUGGGCGAUCUGGAAGAGUUGCGUGAAUCUGUAAAGUGAGUGUGCGGGCUUGCAUCUCGACAUGCCAGACACUCAGCAUGCCAGAAAUGCUCCAUACCAGAUCAAAGCGUAGGUCAUUGGUUACAUUGCAACAACCUAUGGUGAUGGAACCUCUGUGACCGUCCUUUGUUUUAAUUUGACUAUACCGCUGUCACCUGCUUUAUUGAAAGGCUCAUUGAAUAAUCGUCGACAUAGCUUGAGCCUCGAAAGCAGGAAGUGCUGCUGCAGUGUGAAAAAGCAGUACAUAUCUUGCACAACUGCUUACAUAUAGUGCUAAAAUGAAGCAAACUGAUCCUCUCAGCUGGUGGAAGUAACAUGGCAUUCCUUUGACGUUUCGGCCAAGUCUGUGCCUCAAUGAUAAAGGAAAGAAGCGAUCGGCUGUGGAAGAGUAAUUCAAUUAGAGAAUAGCAGUAGUGAACAUGAACUCAUUCUGAGCACAGUCAUAAAAAAAGCAAAUCGUGUGCCACAGAAUCCCCCAUGGGCUCUGGUCGUGCAAGAGAUAUAAUGGUAUAUAACUUAAAAGAAAACCUCAGACCAGAGAUUGUCAGAGGCUCAGACCGAGGGCGCAGACAUCAUCAGACUUAAUGACUAAAUGGGAUUCAGCUAAGGAAACAUACGUCCUUGAAGUAUACAGAGUUGGGUAUUCAACGAACAUUCAGCAUGGAAUGUACAAUGGAAUUCCGGAAAGCUUUAUUUAUAAGUUUUCAUUUAUUUAUCGUCACUCUUCUUCCAAAAUUUCUGUCUGUUUGUCCAUAUGACUACAAAGACAAUGUCUCAUCUAGGGGGCACAGAUCUUCCUCCAGCCGUUCCACAGUCCUUUAGUCGAUGCACCCAACAUGAUCCCGAGGUUGAAAAAAUCGAUACACAUUCUGAGAAAGACUUACUGAAAUAAAAUGUAGCAAGAAAAAAAAAACCCGUAGCUCAGCGCGAACAGCGCAUAGAAUGCUCAGACGACGACAGCGGCCACCUUGACACUUUCGCGAAAUACUUCACAUUCACAAGUACACAUUUCCCUUGCCUCUACUAGAGCAGUGCGCUACUGGACAACAUUCUUCAAGCUGAACUACCUGUCAAAAGAACGUAGUUCAAAUGACGCGUCCCAACAAAAGAUUUUUGCUCAACAGGUAUGUCGCUGUUUGCCCAACCUUGUUUAUGCGAUUCGCGGAUACAUUCUAUGUAUUUUCUACGUACUGCCUUCCUUACUUAAUGCCUCAGUUUGAUGCCUUUAAUGUAUUUUUAAAUGAAAAAUUAAAUAAAAAUGUAUUUUCCAUUUCUCGCCCUCCUCCA